GGGGGAUACAACAUACCGCUGAAGAUGGUAUAAGAGUAGCCAGGAUAUGGAGGCGUCGCCAGUCAACUAACUUUCUUUAAAGCGAUACAUAUACGUGUUAUUUCACGGGGAACACCAACCAGGUGCUCAAAUAAUGAGGAGAACAACAAUUUUACUGCUUUGUGCAGUUGCAUUUAUCAAUGCAAGUCCAUAUACAAAGAUACCCGAGGCACACAGUCAAACUCAUGCUAAUUUAAAUAUUGGAAAUUAUGAAGAAUCACCAGAAGCUAAUGGUUAUGCAUCAGCAAAUGCUGUAUCAAAUGCAUAUGCAUCAUCAAGUGCAAAUGCUCGUGCUGAAGCUAAUUCUAAUGCUUAUGCUGUAGCAAAUGCUAAUGCACAUGCUGAAGCAAAUGCUCAUGCUGAUGGACAUAUACAUGGUGCUUCUAAAUGCACUAAUGAUGCACAUAAAAAUGAUAAAUAUGAUGAAUUAUCACAAUCUGAAUAUAGAGGUAUUCCACAAGGUUUUCAUUCAGCUCAUUAUCGUCCUGAUAAUAUUGAUGAAUUAUCUAAAAAUGAUCGUGAACAACAUAAUGCUGUCAAGAGUGGUCAUUAUAGUGGAGAAAAUUAUAAACAACAAACAGGAAAUAAUCAAUACUGGUGGAUGGGAAAUAAUAGUCCUUUUGAAUCAAAUAAAAAAACAUCUGUUGUUUGUUCAUCAGCAGGAUGUAAUUCUAAUAAAGGCAAUGCUGUAACACCUGGAUCAAGUCAAAUUGGACAAGUAACUCUUAAUUUACAUGGUAAUCCUUUCCUUCAAGGUGGUGUUUCAUCAUCAUCAGUAUCAUCAUUUAAUUCUGGAUCAUUCCAAACUGGUGUAAUUAAAGAAAAUUACAACAAACAAGAUCACUCAAAAAAUCCAUUUUUAAAUGGUGGCUCAUCAGCAACAGCUGCAGCAUCAGCAAAUACAUAUCCAAAACAACAAAUAUCAUCAACUACUGCCAAGGCUAUUAGUGCUGGUAAUCCAUUCUUUAAUAAUGCAGGUUUUGGAUCAUCACAAGCAACAGCAUCAGCAUCAGCAUCAGCUUCAGCUGCAGCAUCAGCAAAUGCAUAUCCAUCAGAACAAAUAUCAUCAACAACUAUUAAAACAAUUGGUGCUGGUAAUCCAUUCUUUAAUAAUGCCGGUGUUGGAUCAUCACAAGCAUCAGCUGUAGCAACAGCAUCAGCUUCUGCAUCAGCAAAUUCAUUUUCAAAUGGUAAUUCAGCUUCAACAUUUGGUUCAAAUAAUCAAUUUGUAAAUUCAAUUCCACAAGUACCACAAAGUACUGAAUUACCACCAUAUGAAAAUGAUGUACCAAAUAAAAAUUAUGAUCAAUCAUAUGAUAAUUAUGAACAACAAAAUAUACAAAGUGGAUUUGGACUUAAAUUAACAUGCAGUGGACAAGGAAAAAUAUGUGUUGCUAAAAAUUUGUGUAACAAUGGAUAUGUUAGUCAAAAUUUCCAGGGACUAACACAAGUACGAUCUGGCAAUCAACAGUGUGAUGUUAAUCGUGAAGUUUGUUGUAACAUAAAGAAUGAUUAUUCAGUUGUAAAUAAUGAUCAAUCACCAGAAAGUACUGUUUUUGGUAAUGUUAAUUUACCUGGUAACAAUGGAAUAAUUUAUCAUCCAGAUCAAUCAAAUGGAUUAUUUGGUGAUGCUAAUAUUGAUCAAGAUUUUGAUUUUAAUUCUGGUGAUCAUGUAUCAAAAGGUAGUGGAGGUGGAACAUUAAAUGGAUAUUUGCCACCAGAUGGUAAUCCAUCAAAUACUAUUGAAAAUGUUAUAAAACCAAAACCAACAACAACACCACCACCACCACCACCAACAAGAAAACCAAUUGAACCAGCACCAACUCAUCUUGAUCUUGGUGGUUGUGCUGCUGCAUUAUUAUGUGUUGAAUCAAGUUUAUGUGGUAAAGAUGGAGUUAUAAGUUCAACAAGAAUGUCAUUAACUCAAGAACAACUUUUACAAAGAGUUGCACUUAGUAGUUGCACAAUACCAGGACCACCAAAACAGGAUGGAGUUUGUUGUCGUGAUCCAAAUUAUACUGAUCCAUGGCCAACUGGUAAAUUACCAGCAGACUUUGAUGGAACAUAUGAUGAACAAGGUUUCCCAUCCUAUCUCAACAUUCAAAAAAAUCGUCCACCACAAAAGAAGAAUGGAAAUCCUGUCAAGACAUCCUUCACAAGUGUUAUAUCCACAACCCAACAACCACCACGUCAAAUUUAUACAACUCCCCAACCAACCCGUCAAAUUUAUACAACUCCACAACCAACCCGUCAAAUUUAUACAACAUCAGCACCCUUAUACACAACACCACAAAGAAUUGAACAAUCCAAUGUUUAUACAUCACCAAAACCAUUUAUUCAACCAUUUGCACCAUCUGUUGUACCAAUAUUUCAAAAACCACAACAAGUUAUUCCAAAUUAUCCUAUUGCACCAAUACCAUUCAACAAAGUUAUCGUUGAUGAACCAUCAAGCACAAAUGUCAAACUAACAGUCAUUUCACCACAUACACCUGGAACUCAGUGUGGUGUUAAAAAUUCAGUAGUAGAACGACCAGAAUAUUUGAAAGACGAGGAUGUUGCAUUUGGUGAAAUACCUUGGCAAGUAAUGGUUUUAUCACUUCAGAAAAAAUCAAUUUUAUGUGGUGGUGCACUUAUUGCACCAAACGCAGUAUUGACUAGCGCAAGAUGUGUUGAUGGAUACAAACCACAGGAUAUAUCAAUAAAAGUUGGCGAAUGGAAAUUAGGAUAUGAAUUAAAAGAACAAGAACCAUUACCUUUUGAAAUUGUAUUUGUCAAACAAGUUGUAUCACAUCCAGGCUAUCAAUCAGGAUCAGUUGCUUAUGAUGUUGCUGUUUUAUUAUUGGAACAUCCAGUUAAAUUAGAUCGUCAUGUUGAUACAAUAUGUCUAAGUGAAAAGUUACCAACACCAGACAUGAAAUGUAUCUCAACUGGAUGGGGAAAAUUCAUCAUUGAAAACCAUGUUGCUGGUGCAUUGAUGCACUCAAUUGAUGUUGACGUAAUUGGUAAACAAGAAUGUCUGCAACGUCUUGAAGGAGCUGAAUCAAAGAUUGACAUUGAUGACAGCCUUGUAUGUGCAAAAGCCCACAGGCAAAAUAAUAAUAUGUGUCAGGUUGAUCUUGGUAGUCCAUUGGCUUGUGACAGAGGUGAUGGUAAUUAUGCAAUAAUGGGUGUUUACACACAAGAGACUGGAUGUUCACCAAUUGAUCAAGUUACAACAUUUGCAACUAUUGAUUAUGCUUGGAUUAAAUAUGUAUUGGAUAAUCCAACUGAAAUAGAACAACAACAACAACAAACAACAACAGAUGUACCACAAGUCAUUGAAUUAUCAACAUCUGGAAUUAAUAUUUAUCAAGCUCCUCAAUAUCUACCUCCCAAAUAAUUUAUCACGACUGAAUCCAAUUUAAAAUGAUUUUUUUUUUUGCUUUUUUUUUUUUUUUCCCAUAGCAUAAGUGAAAAUUAUAAAUCUUAUCUUUUCAUUAUGUCAUUUUAAUGAUCAAGAUAAAAAGUUUUAAAUCAUUGAUUAAAUGAACCCAUGAAUGUUGUCAGGUUUAUUUUAAUUUAAUUAUUAUUAAGAUUUUAGCAGGAA